GGUUCAAUUGUCAUCGCGGCGUACGGCCUCGGCCUCUGAGUAUAAAGAUGGGAACAUUCAUGAGUCGCAAGACGCUUCUUCUCGGCUGUCAGAGCUUCAUUCUCCUAAGCUUGCUGAUCACUCAAAUCGAUGCUCAAACACUUCGGAUUCGAUUUUCCGAAAUCCCUUUCUCAGUAUUGGAUAAAGCAACAUUGGGAAUCGAUCCGAUUUUGUCGGAUCCGCUUGGCAUGAGAGAUCCAGGUAUGAAGGAUCAAAUCUUUGAACCCCUCUUGGACGUGGCAGCACCAGGGGUCUACACGCUGAACGAUUUCAUUGGAAAAGCGGUUCAAGAUGUCCGCUGUAGUCGUGCAACUUCUGAAUCCACGAAAACAGCGAGCAAUUACAACGCUUAUAGGGAGUUGACAAACUCACGAGUUUCUUUCAACGUUGGAGCGGAUGUUUCUUUCGGAAAGUUUAGAAGAUUCAGCAUCAAAGCGGGGAUGGGUUACCAGCAAUUGAAAGACGAUGAAGAAAGCAAACGACUCGAGUUUUUCAAGGAAACUGCAGGUGAGAUCAUACAGGGAGGAGCUCAGUGUCAGACUCAUGUUGUCUCGGUUAACAUGCACACCACGCCAGUCUUCACAAAAAAUUUCUUGAGUGCAUUGCAGAAGUUGAACGUAGCAGCGCAAGACGCGUCAUCUGAAGACAGCAGGAAAAUAUUCAACAAUUUCGUUGAGAAUUUCGGUACACAUUAUCAGGAUUCGACGUACUUUGGGUCGACAUUUGUAUAUGAAAAAUUGUUCGCCAGCAGAACAAUGAGCGAAGCUCAAAGUACAGCUAGGAAAAACUGCGUUUCCAAUUCUUUCUCACAAAACUUGAAAAUGAAAGUCCCUUUUAUUGAAGUAAAUCAAAAUUUCAAACAAGAUGUCGCUAAGUGUGCUGGUUCUCAAAAUGAAGAGGGACUUUUCAACUCUCUGAAGCUGGCUUCUGAAAGAAUCCUGACAGUUGGAACUCCACCGUACUCUGAUCCAGAUGAGUGGGCAAAAAUGGCAUUAAAAAAUCCUGUGCCAAUCGAGUACAAACUCGAAAAAAUUUCUACCUUGUUUCUUCAAGACUGGUUUGAUAACUUACCAUUAAAUCUGAAAUCAGGAGCUGAGUCCACAGAAACUUUCAAUGGCACCGCAAUGCAUGAAUUUUUCGAGUCGCUCUCAUCGGAAUAUUGCGAAAUAAUGCUUGGUGUUCCCUGCAACGAGACGUGGACUGGCUGCGGUUACAACAGCAAUUGCUCGACGCACGAGAAAUGCUUCAACGACAACAGCACUCUUGGUUUUUCGUGUAAAAAAGGAUGUGGAUACACGAGCAGAUGUUCGAAGUACGAGAAAUGCUUCAACGACAACAGCACUCUCGGCUUUUCAUGCAAGAAAGGAUGUGAAUACACGAGCAACUGUUCGGCAAGGGAGAAAUGCGUCAACAACAACAGCGUUUUGGGCUUCUCAUGCAAGAAAGGGUGCGGAUACACGAGUAACUGUUCAGCAAGGGAGAAAUGUGUUAACAACAACAGCGAUUUGGGCUUUUCGUGCAAGAAAGGUUGCGGAUACACCAGCAACUGUUCAGCAAAAGAGAAAUGUGUUAACGACAACAGCUAUUUGGGAUUUUCGUGCAAGAAAGGGUGCGGAUACACUAGCAACUGUUCGUCGCGGGAGGCCUGCGUCAACGACAACAGCGAUCGAGGCUACUCGUGCCGGAGACGAAGAUCUCCGGCACUCGUGCCGUUUCUUUUGUUUGGUUAAGAAGGUUUUUUAUUAACGAAAAGAGCGCUGGUUAGUGUCCUGCGAGCAGCCAUGCAUGGUCUUUAGCUAGAAUUUGUGCGAUUUGCGAGCAGUGUUACUCCGAACUACACCGCUCUGAGAGGUACAUCUGCGUUUCGACCUCACUAGAAAAUCAUUUUUCUUGCCUUCAUCAAACAUUUAUCUCUUGAAUACCUAAUCUGUCGAUACUAUAUUAGCUUUUCUACUCCCCAUUGGGAUUGUAAUUGACGUAAAUAUGAGAACAGAUGAGUCAAACCUAAUCAAUCUGAGUCUCUUCUAUUUAGUCUAAUUCCAGAAAAUGUACGAAAUAUUACUGAAACAAAAUUUGUGACAAUCCUAUUAACAAAUCUACUAGAAAGUAUUUUUUUUUUGUUUUGUAAAUUUUUCCCGUUUCUUUUGCGCUAAGUUGUAUGGAUAUUCACAAAUCUUUUCUAGUAUUAUAUUACAUUUUAAUUAUAGUAGUAACAACUUGACUCAUUCUUUUAGUGUUCUUCUAUAUCGAUUCCACUUGGGUAAUUACCGGCUUCGCAUCAUCAACGGUAAUUUAUCUAAUUAAAAUUUGUUCAUAUCAAAUUUGUAUUACGUCCAUCUCAGUAUGAAUAUCAAGUUGAUGUAUGAAUAUUUUUUAGCGAAAACUUAGGUAAUUGUCAUUCUUCUACUUGUUGAAAGUCAAUGUUUGCCUUUUAUAAACACAGAGUUUUGAUUACUGCUUAUGAUUUCGACUGCACGUUGAUUAUUUUUUAAUUAAAUGUCUGUUUAUACACGAAUAUACUCGCUUCAAUUAGGCCGGUAUAUUAUGGAGUCAAUUAGGAGUACGGUAGAAGAUGUGAUGAUCAAGAAGUUUUUACUGCACGAAAUCAAAUAUCUCGAAGUGUACUCUAGAAGAAAUGUUAUUUAUACCAAGAUUGCACGACAGCGGUAAAACUCAUAAUCAAUCAAAGCACUAAGAUAGGGAUUGAUCAUUUAUUUAUAAAAAUAUAAAACCCGCAGUGUUAUGUAAAAAAAUUGUCUAUUUUAUAUUACCACUCUGAUAUUGCGUUUGGAUUGUAAAUAUUUUGUUCAGGAGAUUUUGUCAUAAUAUUUAAUGAUAUUUUUUUUAAGUCUGGCCCUGUGAUUGCCUAUAUGUUUCUCCUUUCAAGUCUGUUAUGAAGUUUAAUGCAAAGUUCCACUACUCUCUGUGAGACCACAAAGAUUAAGUAAGACCGGCUCUGAUGUGGACGUUGAAUUGGUUACAGCUGUUAUAUAGAUACGAUGCCGAUCCCGACUUGCAUACUGGUUCCUUUCUUAUAGAAUUUUGACUCAGAAGCCAGGAUGAGUUGCGUGUGAUAGUGGUGAAAUUUAGAUAUGAUUACUUGCUGAAAUAUCGUGAUUUGUGAGAUUAUAUUGAUUUGUUAUUU